GCCAAUUUUAGAAAUGGGCGGGAGCACUUUGUCCGGGCGUUCCUAUCCUUUGGAAAGGGCGAUCCUUCCUUUGCAUAAUAAUAUUUGCGCUUUAUAAUGAUCGCGGUGGCAGGUGGACUCGAGCGCCGCCUUUGGAGCGGAAUCCCAAACGCCUCUCUCGUUCCUGGGGAGUAAAUGUCACUUAGUCCCAUCGGAGCUGCCGGGAUCCGAUGCACCGCUUACCCGGGAGUAAGCCCCGUUGGAACUCAGCGGGGUUUGCACUUGAGUAAACCUGCACUGUGAGUCUGCUUCGACUCGCAGCUUUAUGCAAUUCGCCCACGCCCUUAGCGCUAUUGUAUUUGCUGUAUCCGGCCCUCCUGUUUGUUUGCUUUACACGUUAUGUUUUUGUAAAAAAGAAAGUCUAGUGAUUUGCUGAGUCAUACCGAACUUGCUCUUUUCCCCAGCACUUCAGCAAGCAGCGUUUUCUGCCGGGUUUGCCCAUCUCAGAUCGGGGAGAAGGUGGUGUGAGGUUUCUUUUUAGGACUUGGUGCUGUUUCCCCAAGGAUGGCUGCGAGGAAAGUUGUCAAAACGGUGCUGAGCAGGGAACAGGCGGAAGGAGUUGGCGCUCGGGUUCGCAGAAGCAUUGGGAGGCCUGAGUUGAAAAAUCUGGAUCCGUUUCUGCUGCUUGACGAGUUCAAAGGAGGAAAACCGGCUGGAUUUCCUGAUCACCCUCACCGAGGUUUUGAGACUGUAACGUACUUACUGGCAGGCGGCUCCAUGGCCCAUGAAGACUUCUGUGGCCACGCAGGUAGACUGAAUCCAGGAGAUCUGCAGUGGAUGACAGCCGGCCGUGGCAUUCUCCAUGCAGAGAUGCCUUGCACCAAGGAGCCAGCCCACGGCCUGCAGCUUUGGGUCAACCUGAGAAGCUCUGAGAAAAUGAUUGAACCCCAAUACCAAGAACUCAAAAAGGAAGAAGUCCCCAAGCCUUCACAGAACGGCGUGAGUGUGUCCGUCAUUUCAGGAGAGGCACUGGGCGUAAAGUCUAAGGUGUAUACCCGCACUCCGACGCUGUAUCUGGAUUUCAAGUUAGACAAAGGAGCGAAACACACCCAGGCUGUUCCCAAAGGUUGGACAGCGUUUAUUUACACGCUCUUUGGUAAUGUAUAUGUUGGUCCUUCUGAUGCUCAACAAAAAAUAGAACCGCACCACACUGCUGUGCUGGACGAUGGAGACUGUAUUCAGUUUGAAAACAAGGAUCCUGAAGUGAGCCAUUUUGUCUUGGUGGCUGGGGAGCCCAUUAAGGAACCAGUAGUGCAACAUGGUCCGUUUGUGAUGAAUACACAGGAAGAAAUUCAACAAGCCUUUAAUGACUUCAGAAAUGCAAGAAAUGGAUUUGAGAGAGCCACCACUUGGAAAUCAAAGAUUGGAAACAAAUGACGUGGGGUAGCAGAACCCAGGCUGAGUGGCUUUUUAAAAAUACAUUUGCAGCUGUACACCUUGAUCUUUACUGCAUUUACUGAUUCCAUUUGCUUCAUUAGUACUGAUCAUGUGGGUUUGCCAGAUUGAACCCAAAUAAUAUUUCUAGUAUGCCUAGCACCAAAGUUAGCUAUUAGAGUGUCGUAGACGGGUACAGCUGCAUUUUUAUUACUCUGAGAUAUACAUGAUAUAUAAACGUUUUGUUUAUCUGUAAUAAAAAGCA